AUGAGUUACGGCAAAAAAGACGAGGAUGCCGACCUGGGCCUGGUCAAGGUGGACCGCACACAGGUCUUCCAAGAAGCUCGAUUGUUCAACAGCUCGCCAAUUCAGCCACGACGAUGCCGCAUUCUGUUAACCAAGAUUGCGCUGCUCCUCUACCGAGGGGAGACGUUCCCCACGAAGGAGGCCACCACGCUCUUCUUCGGCAUCUCGAAGCUCUUCCAGAACAAAGAUGCUAGUCUGCGACAGAUGGUGCUCCUGAUCAUCAAGGAGCUGGCCAAUUCGGCCGAGGAUAUUAUCAUGGUUACCAGCACCGUGAUGAAGGACACCGGAGGCGGCAGCGACGCAAUCUACAGACCCAAUGCCAUCCGAGCUCUGUGCCGUAUUAUCGACGCUACGACGGUCCAAGCUAUCGAACGUGUUAUGAAGACGGCCAUUGUCGACAAGAAUCCUUCCGUAUCCUCAGCGGCGCUCGUUUCGUCCUACCACCUGCUACCGAUUGCUAGGGAUGUCGUCCGACGAUGGCAGAGCGAGACCCAGGAGGCGGCCGCCUCUUCCAAGUCCUCGGGUGGAUUCUCCUUAGGCUUCUCUACAUCCAGCAGCUCCAUGCCCAUGAACAGCUCGACGAUGGCACAGUACCAUGCCAUUGGCCUCUUGUACCAGAUGCGCUCGCACGAUCGCAUGGCCCUGGUCAAGAUGGUCCAGCAGUUUGGCGCUGCCGGGGCCGUCAAGAGCCCCGCCGCCACCGUGAUGCUCGUCCGACUGGCUGCGCAGCUUGCAGAGGAAGACCCCUCUCUCCGACGGCCCAUGAUGCAGCUUCUCGACGGCUGGUUGCGACACAAGAGCGAAAUGGUCAAUUUUGAGGCUGCCAAGGCCAUUUGUGACAUGCGCGAUGUCACCGACGCCGAGGUCAACCAGGCUGUUCACGUCUUGCAGCUGUUCCUUACCUCGCCCCGCGCAGUCACCAAGUUUGCUGCGCUCCGAAUCCUACACAGCUUUGCCUCUUUCAACCCCACCGCUGUCAGCGUCUGCAACACCGACAUUGAGCUCCUAAUCUCCAACUCCAACCGGUCCAUUGCUACCUUUGCCAUCACUACACUGCUCAAGACCGGCAAUGAGGCCAGCGUGGACAGGCUUAUGAAGCAAAUUUCGGGCUUCAUGUCUGAGAUUACUGACGAGUUCAAGAUCACCAUUGUCGAAGCCAUCCGUACCUUGUGCUUGAAAUUCCCCAGCAAGCAGGCCGGUAUGCUGACCUUCCUCAGCGGCAUUCUCCGUGACGAAGGCGGCUUCGAGUUCAAGCGCGCGGUUGUGGAAAGCAUGUUUGAUCUGAUCAAGUUCGUCCCUGAUUCCAAGGAGGAUGCACUUGCUCACUUGUGUGAAUUCAUUGAAGACUGCGAGUUUACUAAGCUGGCCGUCCGUAUCCUGCACCUCAUCGGUCUCGAGGGCCCCAAGACGGCCCAGCCUACCAAGUACAUUCGCUACAUCUACAACCGUGUUGUGCUUGAGAAUGCUAUUGUCCGCGCUGCCGCUGUCACAGCCCUUGCCAAGUUUGGCGUUGGCCAAAAGGACCCAGACGUCAAGAGCAGCGUCAAGGUGCUGCUCACGCGCUGCCUGGACGAUGUUGAUGACGAGGUUCGAGAUCGAGCUGCCUUGAAUCUGAAGCUAAUGGCUGAAGAGGAUGACGAGAUGGCUCGAAACUUUGUCAAGAAUGACAACAUGUUCUCGCUCCCCUUCUUCGAGCACCAGCUGGUCAUGUACGUCACGUCUGAUGACAAGUCGGCAUUUGAUGUACCAUUCGACAUCUCCAAGAUCCCUGUGGUGACGCGAGAGCAGGCGGAUGCCGAAGACAGGACCAAGAAGCUUACUGCCACGGCUCCCACACUAAAGGCGCCAAAGGCUGGCCCGACCAAGACUUCAACAAGCGGUGCAGAGGCAGCGGCUACUGCCAGCGCCCAGGCACAGCGAUACGCCCAAGAGCUGAUGCAGAUUCCCGAGAUGAAAGAGUUUGGCAGCGUGCUCAAGUCGUCGCCCGUUGUCGAGCUCACCGAGGCUGAAACUGAAUACGUCGUUAGCGUUGUUAAGCACAUUUUCAAGGAGCACAUCGUCUUGCAAUACGAGGUCAAGAAUACUCUUCCUGAUACCGUUCUAGAAAAUGUAUCGGUCGUAGCAUCACCUUCAGACGAGGAGGAGCUGGAAGAAGUAUUCAUCAUUCAGUCCGAGAAGCUGGCCACAAAUGAGCCCGGCAAGGUCUACGUGGCAUUCAAGAAGCUGAAUGGGGAGGCGUCGUUACCCAUCUCAACCUUUUCCAACGUGCUCAAGUUUACAAGCAAGGAAAUUGAUCCUUCAACAGGCGAACCCGAAGAUACGGGCUAUGAUGACGAAUAUGAGGUGUCGGAAUUCGAACUCAGCGGCAGCGACUAUGUCAUUCCUACUUAUGCUGGCAACUUUAGCCAUCUCUGGGAACAGGUCGGUGCCGCUGGAGAAGAGGCAGAAGAGACGCUGCAGCUGAGCAGCAUGAAGAGCAUAGCCGAGGCAACCGAGCAGCUGGCCAAGAUACUAUCCCUGCAGCCGCUCGAAGGAACCGACGUCCCCGUCAACCAGAGCACACACACUCUCAAGCUUCUGGGCAAGACAGUCAACGGCGGCAGAGUGGUGGCGAAUAUUCGCAUGGCAUUCUCGUCAAAAUCUGGAGUUACAACAAAGAUCACGGUCCGAGGCGAGGAAGAGGGCGUGGCGGCUCUUGUGGUUGCAUCUGUGGCAUAA